AUGUCUUUGCCGGACCGUUCCCUCAACCUUUCCAGUGUUUCAUUCCAUCGGUUUCCCCCGACACCUCCCCUACAAGAGUUCGAUGAGUACGAUAAACAGAGGCUCGUCUUGCCGACGCAUAUCGAUGGAGCAUCUCCCAUCUACCCACUACCGCCAACACCACGGGAGAACAAGGUCCUGCCCGAGGACCUUAAGACGCCCGACAACCACGUGGAGAGGGACCCGCGACUGAUCCGGCUCACCGGCAUCCAUCCUUUCAACGUCGAGGCACCCCUGAGCGACCUCUUCGACGAAGGCUUCCUCACCACCAAGGACCUUCACUAUGUCCGGAACCACGGCGCCGUGCCCCUGGUCGACGACUCGUCCGUCCUCGACUGGGAGUUUACCAUUGAGGGCAUGGUCGCCAACCCCGUCACCCUGACCCUGCGCGAUCUCAUCCAGACCUACGACCAAUCCACGUACCCCAUCACGCUUGUCUGCGCGGGCAACCGGCGCAAGGAGCAAAACAUUGUCCGCAAGACCAAGGGCUUCUCCUGGGGUGCGGCCGGCGUGUCGACUGCGCUCUGGACGGGCGUCACCCUGCCGGAUCUCCUCUCGCGCGCGCGCCCGUUGCGCGGCGCCCGGUAUGUCUGCUUCGAGGGCGCCGACCGGCUGCCCAACGGGUACUACGGCACGUCGGUCAAGCUGGGCUGGGCGAUGGACCCGGAGCGCGGCAUGAUGGUGGCGCACAAGAUGAACGGCGAGAUGCUGCACCCGGACCACGGCAAGCCGCUGCGCGUGGUGAUUCCCGGCCAGAUUGGCGGCCGCAGCGUCAAGUGGCUGAAGCGUAUUAUUGUCACCGCCGCGCCGAGCGAUAACUGGUACCACAUCUAUGAUAACAGGGUGCUGCCGACCAUGAUCAGCCCCGAGGAAAGCGCCGACUUGCCCGAGACGUGGAAGGAUGAGCGGUAUGCCAUCUAUGACCUCAACACCAACAGCGCCAUCUGCUACCCGGCGCAUGACGAGAGGGUGGAGGUGGGUGACGGGGUGUACAAGCUGAAGGGGUAUGCUUACGCCGGAGGCGGUAAGCGGGUGACUCGGAUGGAGGUGACGCUCGACCAGGGUAGGACGUGGAUGUUGGCGUCGUUGUCGUACCCGGAAGACUUGUACCGGUUGGCGCCCGAGGGAGAGGUGCUGUAUGGCGGGCGGCUUGAUAUGGCGUGGCGUGAGAGCAGCUUCUGUUGGUGUUUCUGGGAGCUAGAUGUGCCGCUCUCCCGGCUGCAGGAGGCAGGGGACGUGAUGAUCCGGGCCAUGGACGAGGCGAUGAUGGUGCAGCCGAGGGAUAUGUACUGGAGCGUGCUGGGCAUGAUGAACAACCCGUGGUACCGGGUUGUCAUCCACAAGGAGGGCAAUACCCUGCGAUUCGAGCACCCCACACAGCCGGCACUGGUACCGGGUGGGUGGAUGGAAAGGGUCAAGAAGGAAGGGGGAAACAUUACCAACGGCUUCUGGGGCGAGAAGGUGACCGGCGAGGAUUCGGCGCCGGCUCAGGAAGCGCCAGCCAAGGAGAUCAGCAUGGUCGACGAGAAAAUCAAUCGGCAGAUCACCGCCGAGGAGCUUGUCCAGCACUCGGGCGAGGAGGAGCCAUGGUUCGUCGUCAACGGCCAAGUCUACGACGGCACCAAGUUCCUCGAAGGCCACCCGGGCGGCGCAGCCUCCAUCAUCAACGCAGCGGGACAAGACGUCAGCGAAGAGUUUCUCGCCAUACACAGCGAAAACGCCAAAGCAAUGAUGCCCACCUACCACAUCGGCACCCUCUCCACGCCCCUUUCCUCAGUCAACUCGCCAUCCUCCCCUUUCACCGAAGAAGACACCACCACCUCCAGUGUCUUCCUCAACCCCAAGAGCUGGCGCCGCGCCCUCCUGGCCUUCAAGACGCCCAUCUCCCACGACACCAAGAUCUUCCACUUCACCCUCCCCUCCCCCUCUCAAACCAUCGGCUUGCCGGUAGGCCAGCACCUGAUGAUCCGCCUGCGCGACCCAGCAACCCGUGAAGCCAUCAUCCGCGCCUACACGCCGUUAUCCGAAGGCUCCGAAACGGGCAUUCUGCGCGUUCUCGUCAAAAUCUACCGCGACACGCCCGCCCAGAAGGGAGGCAAGAUGACGCAGGCGCUGGACGCGCUCCCCGCGGGUCACGCGGUCGAGUUCAAGGGCCCCGUGGGCAAGUUCGAAUACAAGGGCGCGGGACAGUGCGUGGUGAACGGCAAAAGGAGGAAGGUGAGGAGGCUCGUGAUGGUGUGUGGCGGGAGCGGGAUCACGCCCAUCUUUGCUGUGUUGCGGGCGGCGGUGAGGGAGAAGAGUGCGGAGGAUGCGCCGGAAUGCGUGGUGCUGGAUGGGAAUCGGGUUGAGGAGGAUAUUUUGUUGAGGGGAGAGUUGGAGGAGAUGGAGAGGGAGGCUGGGGGAAGGUGUAGGGUUGUGCACACGCUCAGUAGGCCUUCGGACGGGUGGACUGGACUGAAGGGGAGGAUGCAUAGGGAGUUGUUUGAGCGCGAGGUUGGAAAUCCGCCUGCGGAGAGGGAUGCCAUGGUGCUGAUUUGCGGGCCGGAGGGGAUGGAAGAGGCGGCAAGAGAGGCGUUUUUGGGCAUGGGCUGGGCCGAGGACGAUUUGCUUUUCUUUUAA